AAGAAGGAAGUUUCAAUGAAGCCAAACCCGAUGAAGCAAGAUCCAAUAAAGUAAAGCCUAAAGAUCCUAAUGAAGCCAAACCUGAUGAAGCAAGAUCCAAUAAAGUAAAGCCUGAAGAAGACCCA